UUUUGUACACUUUUACAGUGAAAGUCAUUGAUACAACCGCCGUAUUCGCCGCUUUCUUAAUAGGCUUGAGUUGGCUCCAGUUUAGCCAUAUGAAGUCGCAGCCGUUUGCGGCCAUGUGAAAGCGUGUGAAAGUAGCUUGACAUGAAAGCACGGAGGAAAGGAAUGCUGGAAAGUGAUUCGGACAUCGAGUUUCGGUGUUUUGGAGCGCCUGAGGUGUUUAAGAAAGUUUCUAGAACACUUCACCUGAGCAUUCUCCAGUGAAGCAGCAUGCGUUGAGUGAAAUCGCCCUUUUACCGCUCUGUGAACUUGUCCACACAGCAGCCUGUUCGUGAGGUCCUCGAAAGUUCUUGAGUGCCUUGGAGUUCGCGAUGUCGGCCGCUCAAAGCGCGCGCCUAGCGAAAGCUGCGGCAGCAUGCCGACUGCCGCCGAUGCCGUCAACGCGAGACCUCCUCCGCAUGUAUGGAAUCCGUGCGAUGCGCAAGCUGUCCCAGAACUUUCUGCUCGACCCUAGGUUGGCCAAGAGACUAGUGCGUGCCUGCGGCAGCGUGCGCGACAAGCACGUCAUUGAGGUAGGACCCGGGCCUGGGUGUCUUACCAGACCCUUGCUUGAUCUCGGAGCACGACGGGUGGUCGCUAUCGAGAAGGACAGUCGGUUUGCCCCGACGCUGGAGAUCCUGUCGGAAGCGAGCGAGGGCCGCCUGCACGUAGUGAUGGGUGACAUCUUUCACCAGCACUUACAGGAACUCAUACCUGAGGAGCUCGGGGUGUCGUGGGAGUCGGACACCCUGCCCCAGGUGUGCCUGGUGGGCAACCUGCCAUUCAGUGUGGCCAGCCCUUUGCUGAUAAGCUGGCUGCGGCAGAUUUCCCGACGCGAGGGCCCCUUCUUGCGCGGCCGUGUGCCCCUCAGCCUCACCUUUCAGCUGGAGGUGGCUCAGCGCAUCGGUGCCCCCAUCCUGGACCCACAGCGCUGCCGUCUCUCGGUGCUCUGCCAGAAUUACUGCACCACCCAGCACAGGCUUACGCUCAACGGAAGCAGUUUCGUGCCUCCCGCAGAAGUGGAUGUCGGUCUGGUGCGGCUGGUACCGCUGAAGGAGCCAAUCAUACGGCAUCCCUUUGACCUUAUCGAGAAAGUUAUCAACUGCCUUUUUAAUGGCCGCCAAAAGGUGCUCACAAAUGGAGCCAAGAACCUGUUUCCUCGUGACCGUCGUGAGGAACUGGUGCCGCGCCUCAUAAAGUUGUCCGACGUUGACCCGACGACAAGGAUUCUCCAAUUAACCGUGGAAGAGAUUGGACGCUUGUGCGACAUCUAUGAAGAGAUUUGCACCAAGGAACCUGAAAUCAGAGAGUACCACUUCAGGCUAGGACGAUGACAUUGCCUGGCCAUAGGAGUAGGACAAGUGAUUCAUAGGGAACUAGGAGGUAGAAUUCAGUUGGUUAGAACAUUCGUUGAACUGCGCUGCUAUUCCAGUCAUUUUUUGUUGCACCGAGCAUAAUAAGUUUCACACUACUGGUUUAGCCACGAUGGCUGCACAGUCUUUAUCUGUAGCUUCCGAUCGCUCAUACAGAUUUGACCAGAUCCGUAUCAAAAUGGAUUGGAUAAGGAU